AUGUUAGCAGGAGAAAAUGAAGUAAAUGUGUCAAAAGUAGAUCAAUCGAAAUCGGACAAAACCGAUAUUUUGCUAGAGUUAAAAGAGCAACGCGAUGUAGUUAUCGAAAAGCUGAAUAGGUUUAUAAAUUUCAUUAAACGAGCCAACGAAUCCGAUUUAUUAGAAUUAGAAUCACGUCUAGACCACGUAUCGAGUAUUUUCAACCAUUUCGAACAAGUUCAGUCACGAAUAGAAUCGCUAGAAAAGUGUACAACUAAUUCAGAAUAUCGUGAAACAUUCGAAAACAGCUUCUUCAAAGCACAAGCCGGCGCUAAAAAUAAAAUUGUAGAGUUUCACAGCAACAUACAAGCCAGAAUAACAGCUAGUCAUAAUCGGACCGAAACUGGCAGAUUUCGUGCGACGUUGCCAGUUCGCGAAGGUGUAGGCGAUUUGGGGAAUUCGAAGAUGAAUGCGAUUAAAAGGUUUCACAAAUUAGAAAGUAAACUGAUCAAUGACACAGUCAUACGUCAACAAUAUUCGGAGUUCAUGAGGGAAUAUGAAAAACUCGGGCACAUGACCAAGGUGCCGACGUGGGCAACGGAAGUGGAUGGAAAGGGAGUUUUUUACUUACCACAUCAUGGUGUCGUGAAGGAUAGUGCAACCACUAAACUACGAGUGGUGUUCGAUGCAUCCGCCAAAAUAGGAAACGGUAUUUCGUUGAAUGAUACGCUCAUGGUGGGUCCUACAAUACAGGAAGAUCUUUUUGCUAUCAUCAUUCGUUUUAGACAACACAAUGUAGCAAUGGUAGCGGACAUAGAGAAGAUGUACCGGCAGGUGGAAAUUGUAGAAGAGCAACGUGAUUUACAGCGAAUUAUGUGGCGUUCGGAUCCAAACCUGCCUCUAGAAGUCUACACAUUAAACACCGUAACAUACGGCACAGCUCCAGCUUCAUUCAUUGCUAUACGAUGCUUGCACCAACUCGCUUUAGAAAACAGUAAAAAGUACCCAGUAGCAUCACAAUUAUUCGAUCCAUUGGGCUUGGUCGGUUCAGUAAUUGUUAAAGCCAAAGUUAUCAUGGAAAAACUUUGGCAGCACAAAGUAGAUUGGGAUCAAAUUGCUCCUUCACCAAUAAUUUCAGAGUUUAUUCAUUUACAAAGGGAAUUACCUAUUUUGGCUACAAUUAAAAUUCCUAGACAAAUAACAGUUCCCAAAGCCAAUGUUAUUGAAAUUCACACUUUCAGCGAUGCAUCUACUAUCGCGUAUGGUGCGUGUUCAUACCUACGAACUGUAGAUAACUCCGGACAAUGCUCUGUACGUUUAAUUUGUGCUAAAUCAAGAGUAGCACCUUUAAAGGUUGUCACGUUGCCACGCUUGGAGCUAAACGCAGCUUUAUUAGCAACGAAUCUGACAGCUAAGCUCAUGGAGGCUUUUACUUGUCGUAUAUCUAACAUUUUUUAUUAUACUGAUUCAACCAUCGUUUUAUGGUGGUUAAAUACGGAACCCGCACUUUUAAAAACAUUUGUAGCAAACCGCGUAGCGGACAUACAAGGAAAAUCCAAAAUCGAAAAUUGGCAACAUGUAAAAUCCGAACAUAACGCGGCUGACAUCAUCUCGAGAGGAUCACCACCCAGUCAGCUGGUCGAAUGCGACAUGUGA